UGCCAAGUGAUGCAUAAAGUCGACGCAUGCGUGAACUUGCCUUCAGUAGCGGCGUCAUGACAACUGCUAGGCCUUCCUGUGUGUCAGCCAUUUUGAGAGAUAUCACUGGAAGUGUUCGCAGUUUUAUCGUGCAAAAUACAGGCUUUAAAAGUGUGUACGACUUGAAGAGGUGGAGAAAACUAUGAAUCCUACUAGGAAAGUUCCUGUGACCCACUUGCCGCCCGGGCUGCCAACAGUGGUGAUGGGAGAUGGGACCAGAUGUCUGGUAGACAACAACACUAUCUGGAUACCAGCUGGUAAUCCUGUUAACCUCUCCCUGGGUCCUGGUUACCUACAGCCAAGACUCCUGCAGCCUGGAGUUCAGCCAUCUGUGACUGGUAUCCCCCUGCCUCCUGCAGUCCAGGCACCAACUUGCAGUAGACGUAGGGAGAUGAUACCUGUCUGCCAGCUGCCUGUCAGCCUGCCCAGUUCAGAGAUGGACCUACAGCUGAUGAGACCAGAGGAAAAAGAAGAAACCCACUGCUGAGCCCAGUAAGGAGUCCCUGCCCUCACGCAAGAGGAAGUGCCCAGAUGACAACAGCGAGGUGUCCCAAGCUGAAAAGCAGGCAAGACUGGAGGAGCCCCAGGACACUCUGGAGGACCUGGAAGCUCUCCUGGCUGAGUACAGCUCCAGUCUCUCGUCUGGCACCAGGGAUUUCUUCUAAACACUGUAAGGGG